AUGCGGCCGCGUCAGGAGGGCGCCGGGGGCAGGCCAAGUCGGGCCCAGGCGGCGAGAUGGAGAAAAGCCGCCACUGCCGCCACGGAGGGAGAGGAUGCGGCGGGGCUUCGGCGGCCGCUGGGCCGGAGAGCGCAGGUGGCCGCGGAGGGUGAGAGCUUCAGUGACAGCAGCGACAGUGGCGAGAGCAGUGACGACAGCGGGAGUUUCCUGGGAGUCGAGGUCGCCAGCAGUGGGGAGGACGAAGCAGAGAUGGAGAAGGCUGACGAUCCAUCUCACAUGUCUUUUGAAGAACGUCUGAGAAUGCAGAGUGAUGUGAGAAUGAAAGUGUGCAAGCAGGUGACUGCUGGGAAGAAAACCACAAAGCCUGCCAAAGCUAUGGUGAAGCAGCAGCAAGGCAAGAAGGGGCCAUUGGAGAUGUCUGCCAAGAAACCUGUACCUUUCCUGCGACAAGUGAUCUCUGUUAGAAAGAAGGUCCACAGAGACCCUAGAUUUGAUGACCUGUCUGGAGAGUAUAAGCCUGAAAUAUUUAUGAAGACGUACAGCUUUCUGGACAGCAUCAAGAAGCAGGAAAAAGAGAUGGUUCAGAAGCAGCUGAAGAAAUGCCGGAACACGGAGCAGAAGGAGAAGCUCCAGCAGCUCCUGAACCGCAUGACACAGCAGGAACAGGCACAGAAGAAGCAACAGAAAUUGAGGGAGAGGGAGCUGUCUUUGAAGAGACAACAGAGGGAACUGGCCAAGCAGGGAAAGAAACCCUUCUUCCUAAAGAAAUCUGAGAAGCGGAAACUGGAGCUAGCUGAGAAGUAUGCAGAGCUGAAGAGGAGUGGAAAGCUGGAGAGCUUCCUGACCAAGAAGAGGAAGAGGAAUGCCCUCAAAGACAAGCGCCGGCUGCCCUCACAGAAGAACUCGUGACUGCCGGACAGAUGCCGUUGUCUGGCUCUGGGACCUCACUCUGCCAUCCCUCUUCUCACUACCUGCUGUUCACUGAACAGCUGUUGGGCCACAGAGCAGAGGCUGAACUGCAGGAGGUGAAUUCUGUAGAUGAAAUGUCCUCUCUGCUUGUCACCACGGAGGCAUGGUGCAAGCCACAAGUCUGUCACGCAGAUACACACGGUGUAAUAGCUGACUGUCCUUGAACCACAUCAUCCCUUCCUCUAGGAGAGGGCAAGCACUGCAUCACUUGUUCUAAUCCAGGUCUUAGGAGACACCAGCUGAGGUGAGAAAGGAUGUCAGCUGGGAGGGCUCUGGUACAGUGCCUGCUCACAGCAGAGUUAGCACUCACUUCAGACCGGGUUGCCCAAGGUUGCUUUGUUUGGGCUGAGAAUGGCCAAGGACAGACAUCAUGACCUCUCUUGGCCUCUGCUUCAAGUUCUCAAAAUGAAUUUUUUUACCUCCUUCAGGGAACUUGCCUGUUUUAGUCCGUACUCAUGAUCUUGUCCUCAGUGAAGUGCCUGGUUUCACCUUCUCAGUAGCCUCAUCCUAAGUCUGGGAGUGGGUGGAAAAGGGGUGCUGUUAGGUCUCCCCAGAGCCUUCUCUUACAGAAGGUGAAUAAACCCUGUUCUCUCAGCCUGCUCUUAGAGUGCUUCAGCCUCAGAACUUUCACGUUCUCAACUGGAGUUAGCUCAGAGGACCAACAUCUACCUUCUGGUGGCCCAGCCUGGAUGCAGUAUGUGGAUGUAGCCUUUGGUGCUUGAGUAAAGGAGAGAUGGUGAUGAUACCUCUGUGCAUGAUGCAGCCCCAGUGGGUCAGGCCUUCAUUGGCUGACUGCUCAGGUACUGCUGUCUGUUGUCUCUCCAGCAGGGAUACCACCUCUAUUCUUGGCUUCUCAAGGUGGUCUGCUACAGGGUUAUUAGCGCUCCCAGGAACUGCGUGAAA